CUUAUUUCACUGGCUUAUGGUCAAAUCGGAAUGAUUCAAGCAUCCGCCGGUUUCUUCACGUAUUUUUUCAUCAUGGCUGACAACGGUUUCUUGCCGUGGCGUCUUUAUCAGUUGAGAGCUCAAUGGGAUUCACGUGCGUUCAAUUCGGUUGAAGAUUCGUACGGACAGGAAUGGGUCAGUUGA